CAUGAUGACAGUGUAGGUCAGUGGUGUGUUGCUGCAGGAUCAAUUCAUCAUCGCAAAUAUACUAAUUCUUCUCUUUGUUGCAGCGAGAAAUCAGCUGUUAGUCACAGCAUCACAUGGCUUCAUCCUGUAGCUGCAAAACAAGUUCACAUUCAUGGAACCCUCGCUUCCUUCGCCGUUUCUGGAACUCCCGCUGAUUGCACUUCUCUCGUAAUUUCCAAAGCGCUCUUUCCUAUAAUUCCCGAUCUGGUAGUCAGUGGCAUUAAUAAGGGUAGCAACUGCGGCUAUCAUAUUGUUUAUUCAGGCACUGUAGCUGGAGCUCGAGAGGCCUUCUUCAAUGAUAUCCCUUCUAUCUCUAUUUCAUAUGAUUGGGUUGAAGGAAAGAGUAAUCCACAUGACUUUGCCCUAGCUGCAGGAGUUUGCAUUCCAAUCAUAAGCGCUCUACUGGUUGAGAUAAAGAAUCAAAGUUACCCUGGAAGAUGUUUUUUGAAUAUAGACGUGCCAAACAAUGUUGCGAACCAUAAGGUAUAUUGCAAUUAGUUUUGCAACUUAUAUGUUUAGUUUGUGAAUUAGAGUUAAAUGGUUCUUUUAAUUUAAUAUACAUGGUAGGA